AUGAGUUCACAACUGCAUUAUGAACUUAAUUCACUAAAUGAGGAUUUUAGAUUUCAAAUUAAUCAAUUAUCAACUGAUCUAGAUCAUAUACUCUCACUUACCAAAAUUAGAGGUUAGGAUAUUCCCUUUUCUCGAAUUUGUUAAAAUUGCAAAUUCAAUCAUGAUUAUGAUAGUUAACAUAAUUUGGUAAUGAAAUAAUACACAGAAGCAUAAUUUAUAUCAGAUCUUAUAGCAGAACAUGACACACUUUAUUAAAUUUGUAAUUGGGCUCAUUAAAGUGUAAACUAAUAAAAUGGAAGGGAGUAAGAUAGAGCCUGGACUCAUAUAAUUUCAAAUAACUUUAAUCAAGUUCAGAAAUUAUUAACAGAUGAAGAAAAAUGUAUAUUAAAUUCACUUAGACCUUUUGGAGCGGGAAAAAAUUAAUUUGACUUCAUGCGUUUAUCAACUUAUCAAAAUGAAAAUUGGGUUUUAGCUUUGGAAAAUCUCAAUUAAGUAGCUAAUCGAAUUUCAAAUAAUAAAUUAUUUAAAUGGGCUACAUGUUAAAGUGUCCCUUGGAGUACAGAUAUUUCUAAAUUUAAUGAAAAUUUAUGGCUUAAUAUUAGAGCUGAUCUAUUUUGUAAGGUUAUGACUGCACAUGCAGAAAUAUAUCCAAAAAUGUAAAAGUGUAUAAAUUUUGGAAUCAAUAAACCAUAUAUCUGGUAACCAAAAUAUUAUGAAUUGAAUUGUGAUGACAUGCAUUAUGGAAUUGAAACAUUUGGUAAACUAUUUAUUAUAGAAAUCAUUAAGUAUUUAACAUAAAAAUCAAAUGCUAAUUAAUUAAUCGAAUUGGUUUAUGAGGCUAUUGAUGUUUUAAUCAAUAAAUAAAUAAAUCCAUAAUAUACAAUUAAUAGAGCCAAUUGCUUUUAUAAAAUUGCUUUAAUGAUUAAUGAUUUAUUGGAUAUUAAUAACGAUGAUGAAUAUUAAUUUUUACAAUUAAUUGUAGAGAUCAUUAAAAUUAUAGAAACAGAGAUCUUUGAUUUACCAACAAAAUAUAAAUUUUUAAUACAUUUAUUAAGUAUUUUAACAAGGUUAAGUACAUUUAAUUUAUUCAUAUAACAAAUAUGUUAAAAUAUCAUCAAUUAAUUUGGAGGUUCAUUAUCCUCUAUUUUAUAAUUAUUACUUGAUAAUAAAUUCAAUAAUGCUUUAAUUACUAAAAUUGCAUUUGAUAAAUUUACUCAUUUAAGUCCAAUCUAAUAAAAUGAAUUAAUUUCUUCAUCAUUUUCAUAAUAUUUUGAUUAUAAUGAAAAAAAGGUUUAAAUACUUUUUUUUCUCCCUUAUAUUAUUGAGAAUAUUGAAAUCUUUAAAAACACAUUCGAACAAUUACUCUAAGAUUAUCCUGAUUUGGGAGAAUUAGAAAAUUAGUAUUAUCAAGUUUACAUAAAUAAAGAAGUUGAAAGAAUGAAAAACUUAAUUAAAGAAGUCAAAAUUCCUUUUUAUUGGUUUACUAAAUAUAUUAUGUUUUUACUUAAUAUCCCAAAAUUAAAAUAAAAAGACAUGUAUAUAAAAAUUUUCAUAUUUUUAGUUUAAUUAUAAUGGAUGCAAUUCAGAUUAAUAAUGAGCUAUUUGAUAGUCUAGAAAAUAAAACAUUUAUUUUAGCAUUAAUUGCUAAGAAAUUAACAGAAUUUAAAGCAUUUGUUAAUUAUUUGCUUUAAUGA